AUGUUUCAUCUUGCAUCUUCAUUAUAUACUCAAUAUACAAAACGAGAACAAUAUAAUAUUUUAAUACUAGGACUAGACAAUGCUGGAAAAACUACAUUUUUAGAACAUAUAAAACUAUUAUAUCCAUCAUCAACAGAAACAAAUUCAACAGCUAAAAAGAAGAGGAAAAAUGAGUCUGGGGAAGGAAUAGAAGAGGAGGAAGGAGAAAGUCUGAAUAAUACUGUUAAAUUGUUGAGACAAAAACGAAUAUUCCCCACAGUAGGUCAAAACACAACAACUAUUAAAUUUGAAGGUUCAAGUUCUGAUUCACCAAUGUCUAGUCAAUUUAAGAAUAUCAAUUUGAAAUUUUGGGAUCUUGGUGGUCAAAAAUCAUUACGAAAUAUGUGGUCACGAUAUUUUAAACAAUGUCAUGGUAUUAUAUUUAUUAUUGAUUCAACUGAUACUCAACGGUUUCAAGAAUGUUAUGAUACUUUAAUUGAGAUUGCACAUGAUGAUUCCUGGAUCAUUGAUGAUGAAGAUAAUGAUAAUAUUGAUGGGGUUAUGAAUGUGCCGAUUUUAAUGUUGGCUAAUAAACAAGAUUUACCACAAGCUGUUGAUUUAGUAAGUUUGAAAACUGGAGUUUUUAUACAGUUGGUAAGUGAAUUGGAAGCUACUGACUCUAAAUUAUUGCCUGUUUCUGUAUUGGAAAAUCAAGGAUUAAAAGAAAGUUUGGAAUGGUUGGUUACUAGAUUGAUUUACAACAAGAGUAAUAAAAGACCCGAAUACAAGUAA